AUGAAGCUGGAGCAGCCUGUGAAGAUUAUUAUAUGGGGAGCUCCUGUAUCUGGCAAGGGAACGCAGAGUGAACUAAUUGAGAAAAAUUAUGGUCUGGUUCACAUGGCUGCAGGUGAUUUGCUCAGAGCAGAAGUUGCAGCAGAGACUGAGAACGGAAAGCGGGCCAAAGAGUAUAGGGAGAAGGGGAUGUUGGUGCCUGAUGAAGUUGUUGUCACAAUAGUGAAGGCACGUCUUAGCCAACCAGAUGCUGAAGAAAGUGGCUGGGUCUUAGAUGGAUAUCUGAGAAGCUUAUCCCAGGCGAAUGCUUUACAAGAUCUUGGUGUCCGACCUGACAUGUUCAUUCUCCUGGAGGUAUCUGAAGAAAGCCUUAUUGAGAGAGUGGUUGGGAGAAGACUUGAUCCUGUUACUGGAAAAAUGUAUCAUUUGAAGUACUCACCACCUGAAAACAAAGAAAUUUCUUCUAGACUUGCACGGCAUUUUGAUGAUACAGAAGAAAAGGUACAUCACCUACCUCACUGGUGA